AAGAAAGAGAUAAUCGAAUUACUCUAUGAAUCUAUUGGUCCACAAUGAUUCUUUUCAAGUCUUCUUCUACUCCCAUGCUACAAGUUGUUUUCAGUUUUAUCCACCAAUAUUUUCUUGGAAAGUUUUCAACACCAAUUCACUGCAACACUACAGACAAACUAUGUCAAGCAGUUUCACUCCAAUGGACAAGUUGUGUUGGAGAACGGGAAACAAGUACUGUUGUCGCGUAGCUACUCAGUGGAACAAGAAUAGUCGGGAUACCAGAAUGAGACAAAGCACAAAGAAUAGAAAGAUAUAUUGGCAGUGUAGGUCUACGCAAGUUUCUGUGGAAGAAGAACAACAACAACAAAGUUCAGUUUGCACUUUGCAGUUCAAAAAUGUUGGCCUUCAAGUAGGGAAGGUGCCUAUCAUCCGCGACAUCAAUUUUUCUCUAUUCGAAGGUGAAAUAUUAUGUUUGCUUGGACCUUCUGGAAGUGGAAAAUCUACCAUAUUGAGAAUAGCUGCCGGAUUGACGAGGCCUACGGAAGGCUUUGUGUACUACCAAGGGAAAGAACUACACGGCAUCAACGAGGGAGCAGCCAUUGUCUUUCAGAAUUUUGCUUUAUUUCCUUGGCUUACGGUAUCGGAAAACGUGGAAUUGGGCAUUCGAGGUGCCAAGUCCAAAAUACAAAGAAAAGCGAAAGCGGAAAAAGCUAUCGAUAUGAUUGGUUUGGAUGGAUAUGAAAAUGCCUAUCCAAAGGAAUUGAGUGGUGGAAUGCGACAACGUGUGGGUUUUGCUAGAGCUAUUGCAGUUGAACCUGAAUUGUUGUGUAUGGACGAACCAUUUAGUGCACUGGAUGUACUUACCGGUGAGAACUUGAAAUCCGAAUUGCUUCGUUUAUGGCAGGCUGGAGAAAUUCCUACCAAAAGUAUUUUAAUUGUGACACAUAGCAUCGAAGAAGCAGUUGGUCUAGCAGAUCGAAUUAUUAUCCUUGGAAAGGAUCCUGGACAUAUUCGUAGUUUAUUGAGGAUACCGUUGAGCCAUCCGAGAGAUCGCAAGUCUCGAAGUUUUCAAAACUUGAUUGAUCACGUUUAUACUUUGUUAUCUAGACCAGAUGCUACUUGUUUAAGUGAAAGUAUUCCAGUUGUGGUUUCUAAGAAGCAAAAAAGUACUUUUCUUGUUUCCUCUUCUGCAAGACUUGUCAGUCAAGAGUCUUCCAAAUAUCCAACACUUCCCUCUGUUCGCAUUGGUUCAGUUGCAGGCCUUUUGAGUUUCUUUGGAGACGAACGUUGUAUUGACUUGUAUCGAUUAGGUCAACGCUUGCAGUUAGAUGUGGAUGAUUUAUAUCCUCUUUUAGAAGCUGGGGUUAUUUUGAAUAUACUGAAGGUGACUGAAGGAGAUGUGAUGCUUACUGACCAAGGAAGUCGCUUUUCAGUAGCUUCAAUUGAUGAUAAGAAGAGUAUGGUACGAGAAGCUUUACUUCAAUCGGAGGGAGCUCGAUUGAUUCAACAAAUUUAUUGGUUACUUCGCCAAACGAAAAGAGUCCAUCGAGUUCCCGAAGAAUUAAUUCUUGAUACGAUAUUGGAAAAAUAUUUUUCACCAUCCGAGUCUCGUAGGCAGUUGGAAGUAGCGAUAGAAUGGGGAAGAUAUGCGGAACUCUUUGGAUAUGAUGCUCCCAGUGGAGAAUUGUUUCUUGAUGAGGAAGAUCCGCAACAAGAAGAAUGAAACAUAGUCCAUAAACUAUAUAUAUAUAUA